AUGAAUCCGUCCAUCUCGAACCGACUGCAAAACGUCAAACAUAUUAUCAUCGUACUCUCUGGAAAAGGAGGUGUUGGAAAAUCAUCGAUCAGUGUCCAACUUGCAUGGUCGCUCUAUUCCUCGUCACCGACCGCGCGAGUGGCAAUCCUAGACGUCGACUUGACGGGACCCUCGAUACCCAGGAUGAUGGGGGUAGACGGACAUGCUGUCCAUCAGAGCACAGACGGCUGGGUUCCCGUCUUUGUAGACCGAGAAAAAUCUAGACUGGGUUGCAUGUCCGUCGGCUUUCUUCUCAAGCGCAAAGAAGACUCGGUCGUGUGGAGAGGGCCAAAGAAGAAUGCAAUGAUUCGCCAGUUCUUGAGCGACGUGCGGUGGGGAGAGCUCGACUAUUUAGUCAUCGACACCCCUCCCGGUACCUCUGAUGAACAUCUCUCCCUCCUAGAGCACUUGGCCCCAGUACACGAGCGGCUUUCCUCGGUGCUUGUUACGACCCCUCAGGUCGUUGCACUCACUGACAUGGCAAAAUGCCUAUCUUUCACGCGUACCGUGAAUCUACCGGUUCUCGGACUAAUAGAGAACAUGUCUGGAUAUGUCUGCCCGUGCUGCGGAGAGAUUAGCAACAUCUUCUCCACUGGUGGAGGAGAGGAGAUGUGCAAGCGAGACAAUCUCACCUUUCUCGGUGCAUUACCCAUCGACACGCAACUUGUAGAGCUCCUUGAUGCAUCGGCUGAACAAGCCACCUCAGACACAAGUCAACCAGAUAAACCUAUCGAUAGUGUCUCGCUAUAUCAGCGAUAUCAUGCGACGACAUCCUCAAAAAUCAUGCAGGAUAUAACACAGAAGAUUAUUCAGGCGUUACAGCCGUCGUCUCUUACGAGCAAUCACGAGAUUUGA